AUGGGUAGCAGCACCGCUCGUCGUCUCCGGUGGUGCUUGGCCUCCCCUGCGUGCCUCCUCUUUGCCGUCGCCGUCCUUCUCGCCAUGCCGGGCCUCACCGCCGCCCGCACCCGCCGCUACUCCUUCAAUGUGACAAUGGCGACGGUGACGCGGCUGUGCGUGACGAAGAGCAUCCCCACGGUGAACGGGCGGUUCCCGGGGCCGAAGCUCGUCGCGCGGGAGGGCGACACCCUCGUGGUCAGGGUCACCAACAACAUCAACAACAACGUCACCUUCCACUGGCACGGCGUGCGGCAGCUGCGGAGCGGGUGGGCGGACGGGCCGGCGUUCAUCACGCAGUGCCCGAUCCGCCCCGGCGGCAGCUACGUCUACAGGUUCGCGGUGGCCGGGCAGCGCGGGACGCUGUGGUGGCACGCCCACUUCUCCUGGCUCCGCGCCACGCUCUACGGCCCGCUCGUCAUCCUCCCGCCGCGGGGCGUCGCCUACCCGUCGUUCCCCAGGCCCCACCGCGAGGUGCCCCUCAUGCUCGGUGAGUGGUUCAACGCCGACCCGGAGGCUGUGAUCAGGCAGGCCCUGCAGAUUGGAGGAGGGCCCAACGUCUCCGACGCCUACACCUUCAACGGCCUCCCUGGCCCAACCUACAACUGCUCCUCCAACGACACGUUCAGGCUCAGGGUGAGGCCCGGGAAGACGUACAUGCUUCGGCUCAUCAACGUGGCGCUCAACGACGAGCUCUUCUUCGGGGUGGCCAACCACACGCUGACGGUGGUGCAGGCGGACGCCAGCUACGUCAAGCCGUUCGCCGCCACGACGCUCGUCAUCUCGCCAGGGCAGACCAUGGACGUGCUCCUCACCGCGGCGGCCAACCCGUCCUCCCAGACGUUCGCCAUCGCCGUCGCGCCAUACACCAACACCGUCGGCACGUUCGACAACACCACCGCCGUCGCCGUGCUCGAGUACGCCGCGGGCGCCUCCGCACCGCAGAGCGCCGCCGCGCUCCGGAGACUCCCCCUGCCGGCGCUCCCGGCGUACAACGACACCGGCGCGGUGGCCAACUUCUCGGCGAACUUCCGUAGCCUCGCGAGCGCGCGGUACCCGGCGCGGGUGCCGCGGACGGUGGACCGGCACUUCUUCUUCGCCGUCGGGCUCGGCGCCGACCCGUGCCAGAGCCCCGUGAACGGGACGUGCCAGGGGCCCAACAACACCAGGUUCGCGGCGUCCAUCAACAACGUGUCGUUCGUGAUGCCCAAGACGUCGCUCCUCCAGGCGCACUACCAGCGGCGGUACAACGGCGUGCUCACGGCCAACUUCCCGGCGGCGCCGCGGACGCCGUUCAACUACACCGGCACGCCGCCGAACAACACGUUCGUGACCCACGGCACCAGGGUGGUGCCGCUCGAGUUCAACACCGCCGUCGAGGUGGUGCUGCAGGACACCAGCAUCCAGGGCGCCGAGAGCCACCCGCUGCACCUGCACGGCUACGACUUCUUCGUCGUCGGCACGGGGUCCGGCAACUACGACGCCGGCAACGACACCGCCAAGUACAACCUCGUCGACCCCGUGCAGCGGAACACCAUCAGCGUGCCCACCGCCGGCUGGGUCGCCAUACGAUUCGUCGCCGACAACCCCGGCGUUUGGCUGAUGCAUUGCCACUUGGACGUGCACUUGAGCUGGGGCUUGUCCAUGGCGUGGCUCGUCAACGACGGGCCACUGCCGAAUCAGAAGCUGCCGCCUCCGCCGUCAGAUUUCCCGAGGUGCUCAUAGUCUACGGCGCAGAUCGAUCGGUGGCGUUUUUGGUUCCGUGCCAUGCGUGCUCGUACAAGGUCAAGCCCGCGGUGGGUCGAGAGAGGAAUAUAUCGACUUGAUCGGUUUGGUGUGAAAUCGUGUACCAUUUUGUGUUUUUUGUUGUGUUCUCUCGAGCAGUCAAGCUAGAGACAGGGAAAAGAUCGAUGUAAGCUCACAAUAGCUCAUUUGGGUGGUGUUGUGCAGUUCAUUGUAUGAUUAUAUAUAUAUUCUUUUAU